AUGCUGUCUCCAAAUGAUCCAAAGUUGGAGAAGCGGGAUCCGUUUUAUCGAUCUUUAGUGGCCAAGCAGAAGACCAGCGCAGAAAUCAUAAGUGAAGCGCGAAAUGCAUUAAGAACAGUUGGGACCCAAAGACCAUUCACGCCACAGGAAGGCCAAAGAAAACUGUUUGGACCUGCAUCUUCGAGGACAUCAGAAAACAGACCCCCUUCCUCCUUCAGCCUCCAUGCAUCCAAUUUUGAGUCAUCGGAUUCCAGGCCCAUUUCCGGUGCACGCCUCAGCCCGCUAGAGCUUAAACCGAAAGCUCCGGCGCCUCCCCCCGCAGAAGGGGAGCCCGGCCUUUCCCUCCCGAAGCCCCCGGUGGACCCUGUGAAGAUGCGGAGGAUCAGCAGCGCCCGGGCGCGCCUGUUCAGGGCGGCCUCGCAGGGGGCGCUGCUGCCGGACCGGACGCCGCCCGCCGCCGAGCGAAAGAAGACAGUGGAAUCCAGAGACACAAUUAGUAUGGGGGACUCUCCGGUGAAAAUCAAUGGGAUUUAUUUAACAGAACCAAAGGCCGCUGGCCACAUAAAGAGUCGCCCACUUCAGCUCACUUACGACGGAGGCUUCAGAGAAAUCAAGGAGCAAGAAGUGUUCAAAGAGGCGACACCCUUGCCGUCUCAUCGGAGAAGCGGAGGGGACCCGGGGAACAGGCGCCCGAGGGCCUCCUCGUGCCCCAACAGCUCGGAGCCGAGCAGGCCGGGAGCCAGAGCAGGUCCAAAGGCUGACUUGCAAGAAGAGGAUACAGAAAUGGAAGUAGACAAUGUCUUCUGGAAUACAAGGAUUGUACCAAUUUUGUAUAAAUUAGAAACAGAAGAAGACACGGAGAUGCUGUGUGCCGCUUGCACACAACUCCAUCGCACGUUAGAGGAAGGAAACAUGCUUGGAAGGAAAUUCAGGAGAAGGAGUGGCCUCCUGAAGACCCUGUAUAAACUAGUUGACGUCGGCUCAGACCCACUCAGCCUUAAACUGGCGAAACUCAUUCUGGCCCUUAAAGUGAGUAGAAAGAAUCUCCUUAAUGUCUGCAAACUUAUAUUUAAAAUUAGCAGGAGUGAGAAGAAUGAUUCUCUGAUUCAAAGUGACAGCAUUCUGGAAUCAUUAUUGGAGGUCCUGAGAAGUGAAGACCUGCAUACUAACACUGAAGCUCUUUUAUACUGCAUGGGGGCUAUCAAAUUCAUUUCUGGAAAUCCAGGAUUUCUUAAUGAAAUGAUCAGCAAAGGUGCUGUGGAAAUACUGAUGAAUUUGAUAGAGCAAAUAAAUGAGAUUGCCAAUAAAUGUGGCACCUGUUUGCCCAAUUCAGGCCACUUGUUAGUCCAAAUGACUGCUACUUUGAGAAACUUGGUUGAUUCACCCCUAGCAAGAAGUAAGUUGCUGAGCAUCGGCGCCAUGACCCAGCUCUGCAUGGUGAUGGGACAGUACACAAGUGACAAGGAUGUCUGCACCAAUAUUGCCAGAAUAUUCAGCAAACUUACUUCUUACCGUGACUGCUGUAUUGCCUUGGCCAACUGUUCCAGAUGCUACGCCUUGUUUUUGAAUCUGAUAAACAAAUACCAGCAGAAGCAGGACUUGGUCGUUCGUAUUGUUUUCAUUCUUGGCAACCUGACAGCGAAAAGCAACCAGGCUCGUGAGCAGCUUUUCAAAGAGAAAGAGAGCAUCCCGACCCUGCUGUCCCUGUUCCGGGCCUUCCACGAGCUGGACCUGCAUCCCAAGAGGCCAGCCGGCGACGGAGAUGAGCAGCGGAAGCCACGGAAGCCACAGGCCCUGGUGGAGGACGUGCUCAUCAAGCUGACCCGCGUGCUCGCCAACUUGGCCAUCCACCCGGGCAUCGGGCCGGCCCUGGCCGCCGACCCGCAGGUGGUGGGCCUGCUCCUCGCCACUCUGGAAUACAAGUCAAUCGAUGACUGCAAGGAGCUGGUGAUCAAUACUACAGCAACAAUCAACAACCUGUCUUACUACCGAGUGAAGCACUCUGUGAUUCAAGACCAAAAGCUACAUGUGGCCGAAUUGCUUGUAAAGCUCCUGGUGAGUGACAACACGGACGGAGUCCUGGAGGCCGUGCAUGUGUUUGGAAAUCUCUCCCAGGACCGCGCCGUCUGCGACUUCAUCGUGCGGAAGAACCUGCACAAGUUCAUGAUCGCGCUGCUGGACGCCACGCACCAGGACAUGUGCUUCUCGGCCUGCGGGGUCCUCCUGAACCUCACGGUGGACAGAGACAAGCACGCCAUCCUCAGGGAAGGAGGCGGCGUUACCAAGUUGGUGGAUUGUUUGAGAGACUUUGGCCCGACCGACUGGCAGCUGGCCUGCUUGGUUUGCAAAACGUUGUGGAACCUGAGCGACACUAUGGCGAACGCCUCGUCCUGUUUCGGGGAUGAAGACACCAGCACGCUCCUGGUCCUGCUGUCCUCGUUCCUAGACGAAGAACUAGCACUGGAUGGCAGUUUUGACCAAGACUUAAAAAACUAUCACAAACUCCACUGGGAAACAGAAUUCAAACCUGUGGCACAGCAGCUCCUAAACCGAAUUCAGUCUCGUCACACAUUCCUGGAACCCCUGCCCAUUCCUUCUUCCUAA